AUGUCAUCCACAGGACAUAAGGCCACGAUUGCGACUAUACAGCACUUGACCGAAUUGGAGCGGUCUCCUCCUGACAGCAUCGCGGGGAAGGGACAAGGCGUGACGAAAUCGGUGAAUGGCUCGGAAGAAGUACGAAACGGAGCUCACAGAUCUAAUGGCGUUCAUUUGGAAACUGUACCCUCGUAUUUCACACUAAACACCGGCGCUAAGAUACCCUCCGUCGGAUUCGGCACGUGGAAAGCAGGUCCCGGUGAAGCUGCAAAAGCUGUCGAGGCUGCUUUUCAGGCCGGCUACCGCCACUUUGACUGCGCUCCACUCUAUCACAGUGAAGCUGAAAUAGGCGAAGUCUUCAAGAAAGCCCCGAUACCUCGCGAUGAAUUUUUCGUGACCACUAAACUCUGGUCUUCGGACCACCAACGCGUACAGCAAGCACUAGACAAAUCUCUACGUGACUUGGGAUUGGACUACGUGGAUCUGUUUCUAAUGCAUUGGCCCGUGACGCUGUCACCAGACACCGGUGCCGAGUAUGGCAAGGAAGAUCGAAAAGUGCACGUGCAAGGCUGGGAUUUCCGAGACACGUGGCGGGAGAUGGAGAAGCUGCUUGACACUGGAAAGGUGCGCGCUAUUGGUGUUGCCAACUUUUCGACCGUGAACCUCGAGAAAUUGCUCGAGACGGCAAAGGUCGUUCCAGCGGUGAAUCAGACAGAGAUUCAACCCUUGUUACCUCAGGAUAAGCUACAUAAAUAUUGCGCUGCGAAGGGAAUCCACCAAACUGCAUUUGGGCCGCUCGGCGGAACCGGUAGCACUUUGCAUGAGGAGCCGGUCAUUGUGCAAAUAGCGAAGAAGAGGGGAAUUCCGACCGGAAACGUCAUGCUUAGUUGGGGCAUUGCUAAGGGGUGGAGAGUCAUCCCCAAGAGCACAAACCCUAGCGAAUAG